UCGACGCACGUACUUGAUGCGAAAGGGAAAAAACAAAAAUGAAUUGUAACAAUUUUUUUAUCAGUUCCAUAACCCGACAAAAAAUGAAACUUUAAAAAUUUAGAAUUUAAAAAACAUAAAAAAGAAUAGUAGGCAUAGUGAUGAAAAUCCACCGAGCACAAGACAAGAGGGUUAACAGCAGAUGGCUUGGCGUGGUACAAUGCUAUAUGAAGCUGCCACAUACUUCCUUUUGCAUGCUCUUUCCUAAUACUAUGCAGCCACGCAUUUCUGUCACCAUACCUUCCCUCUUCCUCUUCUCAUUCUCUCUCCUCUUUAUAAAAUCAUCAUUUCCCCUUUCUUCCUUUCCAAAAUUCACAAAACCCCAUCAAUUCAAUUUCUUGUAUAACCCUCUUUCUCUCUCUCCAAAUUGUGUUCAUUAUUUCAAGUUUGUUUGUUUUUAUUGUGUUUUUGUUUGAAGAAUUAUGGGAAGUGUGUGUGCUGAACAUCACCACCAUCACCACGGUGGUGGGUACAAAUUCCACCCUCUCAUGUCCCCCAAGAAAGCCCUCCAAGACCUCAACAUUCCUCCAAGGAAGCUCCUAUCCCGUCGCAGCGACGCGUCGUCGCUGUCGUCGUCGGCUGAUUACUUUUCUCCUUCUUCUGAAGCUGCGGCAGCCAUGAUGCAUAAGUUCCUCCCUUGCAACACCACCAACAAUGGUGGUAGUGGUGAUUCCUCCUCCUCUAACGGCGGUGGUGAUGGAUCUGAUAACGGUGUGUUUGACCCUGAUGAUGAUCCGUACUCUUCCGACGAGUUUCGGAUGUAUGAGUUUAAGGUGAGGAAGUGUACUCGUAGCCGUUCUCAUGACUGGACUGACUGUCCCUUCUCCCACCCUGGAGAGAAGGCCCGCCGUCGUGACCCUCGGCGGUUUCAUUACUCGGGCACCGUCUGCCCCGAGUACCGCCGCUCAGGGAGUUGCUCGAGAGGAGACGAGUGUGAAUUUGCUCAUGGUGUUUUCGAGUGUUGGCUACACCCAGCUAGGUACCGCACUGAAGCGUGUAAAGACGGGAAGAAUUGUAAGCGUAAGGUUUGUUUCUUCGCUCACUCGCCUCGUGAGCUUCGAGUCCUCCCCGCCGAAGAAGACGGCGAUGAGAAGGAUAGUUGCUGUCACAGAGGGAAACGAGAUGAUCAUCACCAUCAUCAACACCAACACCAACACCAACAACAUUGUUGUAGGUAUUGUUGUACACUUUCUCCUACUUCUACUUUGUUAGGAUUAUCAAACUUCUCCCCACCAAUGUCGCCUAUGAAGGCGGUCGGAGCACGGGGUCUAUCCGGAUUCUCCCGGUACUCGGACCGGGUCUCUGCAUGUGGUACUAAGGGUCUUAGUUAUGAAGAUAUAGUAAUUGCUGAACUUUUGGGUUCGUUGGAGGGUAUGUCCCUCAACGACGCCGCCGCAAUGACCACCCCCAACAAAACUACUCACGGCCGCGGUCUAUGGGUUGAUGUAGGAGACUACGAUUCAGGUUCCGGUAUCGGCUGCGGCGGAGACGAAUAUCAGCAUUUCCAACAGCACACACCACAACAACAGCAGCAACAAAUGCAGUUUACCCUCUCACCUUCAACACCAAUUAACCAACAAUCUGUUUUCUCUUCACCAAGGAACAAUGUUAACUACUUCAAUGGUAACCCCGAAUCUUCGGUUUCAGUUCCUACCAUUGUUACUGAUGAGAGUCCGGAUCUUGGUUGGGUUAAUGAUCUUUUAAUGUAGAUGAUGAUUUUGGUGUUUGAUGAUCAAAAGAUGGUGAAAUUUUUAAUAAAAAAAUAAGUCAGCCGGUGUACAUAAUCUCGGCGACGGGUGGUACGUAACGAACGUAACAAGGUUAUUUUGGUAUGAUGGACCUUUCUAGAGAAGAAGUUGUGUAUUGGAGAUAAACUAGAAGGGGAUUUUCCAUUAUGUAUUAUUAUUUUGGUGCUUCAUUAUGUUUAGAUUUUUGUUAAAUAAUUAAAAAUUAAUCCUUCGGAUUUGUAUUUUAAUUUUUCCACGAAUUGCUAUAUAGUAUUAUUACUAGGGCUUUUCCUAUGUAUGUAACAAAUUAUGGGAUGGAUUUGUAAUUUUCAUUUUUCAUUUUUCAUUUUUCAUGUAAUUGAUAUUAAGCUUUGUAUUA